GGAGACGAAGGGGAAACGCUGCGUUUUGGUGGUGAUGAUUUGUUGGUCCUACACUCCUAGUUAAUAAUGUGUGGGCCCUGUUAUCCCGCAGUUUACAUGGCGACAACUACGAUCCGUGUAAGCUGUGCAACGUAGCUUGCUAAUUAUUGGUUGAGCAAUCUGAUCGUACCGAUUGCCGACUGAUCUAACCGGGUAUCCUACACAUCGUACAGAUUGUCGAUGGGACUUGAAACUUAAAUUCAAUAAAUGGAGGCCCAGUUAGCAAAUGAAGAAGGCCCAGAAGUGUGUUAACGGUUAGGCUUUUGAGGUUCCUGACCUCAUCUAACAGUUUCCGUAACAGAGAGAACAGGGGAAAAGAUCCAAGAGAGAAGUAGGUCAAGAUUAUACAUGGUUGAUGUUUCUACUCUUGAGGAGAAUCAAUGAAUCAUCGGAAUGAACUGUGAUUGCACAAAACGUGAUUUUAAUUAGACUCAGUAAUCAACGGGAACAAGUGCUAAAGACAGAUCGUGUAAGAUCAGAACCAGAUGUAGCUUAGACUGAGGUUUCUUUCAAGUUAUUUUAUUUUAAUUUUGCUUUUGAGUUUCUCGUGUCAUUCCCAUCCAGGAAUGCGAAGGGGAAAGGAGUUUGGAAAUCACAAAGGGCCCUACAAAUUCCAAAUUGUGAUGACGUGGAUAGUCUCCUGAUAUGCCACGUCGACAUAGAAUGCCGAAAGACAGAUUUUCCUUAUCCCUCCAAAAUCUCUACCAAAAAGCAACUUCACACACACACACACCCCUGUAGAAAUCUAAAACUCCAAUCAAAAACGCAAUCUUUACUCACGGAUUCAACAGAGAGAUGUGCAAAAUAUUGAAGUUCUAAUCUUAAAGAGAGAGAGAACUCGGUGAAAUGGCGAUUUUAUCUUCGGCUAUGUUCGGAACCUACCAGCCGAUGAAGACGGAGCUGAGACCAAUUACACGGUGGAGAGUGAAGUGUCAGGUGUCAUCCAUAAAACCCGCUACGUAUUCCACAAGACUCUCCACGGACAUUCCUCUCCACGAGUCUCCUCAGGUCUCCUCCCUCUCUCUAUAUAUAUAUAAGUUAUAACACGAAUCAGUUUAAACUGUGUUUGGUCCAAUUUUAGCUGUGAUUUUGUGGGAACUUUCAGGUGUUAUUCGAUGAUUAUUUGGAGGAUAAGUCGAGAGUGUUCGAAGCAAUGUUCCCAGAUAAACCCAGAAGCCGUAAACUCAACGAGGAAGAGUGGAGGAUUCAGAUGUUACCAAUAAACUUCCUCUUCCUCACUGUGUGGCCUGUGGUGGAUAUGCGUUUGAGUUGCAAAUCCAACGGUCAGGAUUACCCGGCAGACGUACCUUUAGACAUCACCAAAGUUGUUGAGCUCAACAUGACGAGAUGGGAGCUUAAAGGGCUUGACCGAGUGAUGGAACCGUCUGACUUCAGUUUGGGAGUCAAAGGAGCAUUGUACCCAGACCGGAGAGGAAAGCACACAAGGCUCAGAGGUCAGCUAGAGAUGAACAUAAGCUUUGUUCUUCCUCCUGUUCUUGAAUUAGUACCUGAAGACGUUAGGAGAAACUUGGCCAAUGCGGUUUUGACCGGUUUAGUGGAGAAUAUGAAGCAUAAGGUUAAUGGUAGCUUGCUCGCUGAUUAUAACAGGUUUAAGAAUGAGAGAAGAUUACACAAGUUAUCUACUAAAGUCUAGUUUUAAUGUCAAUGCUCAACCAUGUAUAGUUUCUCAAUCCAACAGUCAACGUAAUAAACUAUGUACGAUUUUGACUGUCUUAAUUUACUUAGCCAAUCCUCAAUAAGGAUCAUAUAAAAAGUUAUAAUCUUAAGUUUGUAUUAAUUAAAAAAAUUAUCAUAUGUGGC